CACUUCGCUUUGGAUUUACAAGAUUAUGACUUCAGGAGUAUAGGCUGUGUUUGGAUGUAAUGUUAAGCUGAUAUUUCCACAUCAGUUUGCAGCUGAAUCUUUAUCUCUUUACGGACUGAAGGACGGAAUUGUGCCACAUUGGAGCUUUCCGAGGCGCAUCAACGAGUUGUCAAUACGCGAGGGUUCAGCGUUCUCUGAAUGAUUGUCCUUGCAUGGGGAUAGGUGAAAUAAGAACUUCUGGAGAGAGAGUGUGUGUGAGUGUGUGUGUAGAAGGAGUUUAAUCGACCUAAAUCUUUUAAAUUGGCGCGUGGAGGGCAAAUGGCAACAAAUCGUCCGCCUCGCAGCGCGCACAAAUCCCUGUGAUGUGGAUCCGUCACACUUUGUCGAGCUUCUGUAUGACUGAAAGUGGAGAUUUUUCUCUGUGUGGACACAGUUUGGGGAACUGAAAAGUUGCAUUUUUUUAUUCCUGUUUUGUAUCUUGAAACUACUCCACACAUUCUCAAUGAUGACUGAGAUCAACGAGAUGGAGAGCGACUCGCAACUCCAACGCUCCCCGAGCACCAUGUCUAUCCAACCGAUGCCAUCCAAGCUCCAGAGACUAAAACGCUCACUGUCCUUCAAGACCAUGAUGCGCAGCAAAAGUGUGGAGAACUUCUUCAAUAGGUCUUACAGCGACGCUCGCCUGCCCCCGGAUUUCAUCACCGACCCCCCGCCUCCUUCUCCCCCUCUGUUGCCUGGCUCCCCUCUCGUCGGUGACCGCUCACCCUCCAUUUCACCAUCUCUCAGCCCUAACCCCUCCAUCUCCUCCCACUCCCCUUCUCUCAGCCUCUCCCCAUCACUGCCCACCAAGCCUCCCCGGCAGCAGAUCACCCACUGUUUCCAGGACCAUGUAUUCCGCAAGCCCACCAACUGCCAGCACUGCAAGCACAUGAUAGUGGGAAACUCCAAACAGGCUCUGCGGUGUAAAACAUGCAAGAUGGCCGCUCACCUAUGGUGCACCUCAGAACUAUCACAGCAGCUGUGCCAGGGAAAGUCUGGAGCAUUCAAGCGAAACUUCAGCUCACCGAUGCUCGUCAAUGACCAAUUGUCCGUCGUCAAGGAAGUUCAGCCAAGUCAAGAGGCUGCGAGGAUGCGUGUAGACCCCGUGUAUGCCGCCUUGCGCUACGGGACGUCCUUGGCACAGAUGAGCCGCUCCAGUUUUGGCAGUUUGUCAGAGUCACCGACGCGCAGUCUGGGCGAGGGAGGUGAGGAGAGGCAGCAGAGACAGAGCAGCAUGGAGGAGGAGAUACCUCAGGACACAGGGGACAUCCCUGUUCCUGAGCCUGAAGAGGAGAGAGAGGAGAAAGAAGAGGAGAAAGAAGAGGAGACUGAGGAGACUGAGGAGAAAGAGGAGGAUGAGAUCAGUGGCCCAGCUCAGACUCCUGCAGAGGACAGCAGUGUGAAGAUGCCCAAGCGCAUUGAAGUGCACUCCAUCCACACCUAUGUCGCUCUCUAUAAGUUCCUGCCUCAGGAACAGAAUGACCUGGAACUCCAUCCUGGUGAUCGGGUGCAGGUCACUGACGACUCUAAUGAAGAGUGGUGGAAGGGUAAGAGUGGCGACAGAGUCGGAUUCUUUCCUGCCAACUUUGUGCAGAGGGUCCGGCCAGGGGAGAGAGUGUGGCGGGUUGUCCAGGGUCUCCCAGGCAACCGAGGGACGGGACACAUGGCCGUGAAGGAAUCCCAGAUCUGCGUGGGGAAGUCAGAAGAUGGCGAGGUGUUACUGAAGCUGAGCAGUGGCAAGAAGAGAGGGCUGGUCCCGGCUGACUCCAUAGAGGAGAUCUGAGCCUUUGUUCGCACAUCAUCAUCCUUCCACUUCUAUGUCCCCCGGGACGCACUCUUGAUCAAACUAUUACCACCCCCCAACCCUUCACUCGGCUCAAAGACUGCAGCAGCCUCCCCAACCACUCCUGACUGACUUCAAACCAAACACAGAUACAGUGGAUGUAAAACACACUUCUGCAAAAAGAACAAAUCUCCAAGAACAAAUGCUUUGGAGAUGAAUUGGUUUACUGUCUUUAAUAGAGUCUUUAAUAGACUGCACAGAUAUGUAGCAGUCCCACUCUUUGAAAGAACUGUUUCUCUGCAGUCUAGUGUUUCUGUAGAUUUGUCUUUCCAAUCCAAAAAUCAAUGUUCAGAAAGAGUCAAGUCAAAAGGCUUGAGAUAAGCUGGCCAGAAGCAGAUUCUCAUUCUGUUUUUUAAAGAGAUAUCUACCGAGUCUACCAGGAGUCCUUUUCACUUUCCUAUUCUUUAUCAACAGACUCUAUAUGUCUCAUUCCUGUCUGCCCAUGUCGAGGUCUCUGGCCUGGGGAUGGAUAUACGCUACAUGCACACUGUCACAUGGCUUGAGGCACUUGCCAAGGACGUCCACUGCCAGCCCGAGAAAGCUACUGCCACUCAGACAGACGGGAGAAUCAGUUGAAAGAAGCACACACGAUUCGAAAAGCUUCAAAAGUGUCAGACGGAGUCAGAACGGCGCUCAUUAACUUGAGAGUGCUGAAAUGAGAAGAUUUUCAGGGGGAAAAUUGGAGGCUCUGACGGUCUUGUCACAGAAAGCUUGAAAGAGAUUUCCUCUGGCUUUUCAGUUAGACAUAAUGAAAAUAUGACACAAAACCGGGACCUUUACACUCAAAUCAAACAUUGUGUUCCAAACAUUCCCUUUUAUUUUUAACAAAGUGGGGACUCAAACUUCCAGGAAAUUGUUAAAAAUGCCAGUUUAACUUCAUGCUUUAGGUGUUGGCUUCUCCAUUCAAGAGACAUCACAGAGCGUUGCAUCUUGAUGACAGCAGAGACACAGUGAGUGAUUGUCAAGGGUCUAUGUUUUUGUUGUCUUGUUGUGCUUCAGGAAAUAAACCAUGGCCAGUCCGCUGAGAAAAUAACACAACAGGGGUGAUCUGACGAUGAUGAGCAAGUUUCACUGACAGUUUGGCAACAUUGAAAACAGAGGGAAGAGGAGACGCGGUACAAGGAGUGACAUCAGGGUUGAACCGUUAUGAGCAGGGAAUGCAUGCAGGUAGUGAUGCACCCGUGGGUGCACGAGUCAUCAUCGAUCAAAUGUCAUCUCCAUCUACUCCUUCCCGCUUGGCCUGUCUUGUCCUCUCUCCGUUGACGUGCCUCGUCAGAUCUGACACGAACUGAAGGCAUUUCAUGUAAGUCAACUUUUCAGGGUUAUGACUUCCAUCGAUUUAUUCUGUCAUUACGUUUUCAGGAGAUGUGUUUCUUUAAAAGAACUUCAUGUUCCAAGGAGAGAACACUUUCAGAAACAUUUUGCUUGGAGUAGAUGAAAACAUUAAGGAGAAGAAGGUUUGAAGCACAGAAUGAAACAUCAAAUUACGGCACUUCAAAAAAUGGGAAAAUGUAUGAAGUAGUCUUCUUUCAGAGCACAGAGAUCAAGCUAGCUCCUUCAUUAGUCUUAAUUUCAGUGUAUGUGAAAGCCUUUAGAGAAUGUGUGACACAAGCUCCUCUUCUAGUAAUAACAAGAUUAGCACUUUACUUUAUGUUAUCGAAAUAAGUUGUCCUUUUUGAGGUAUGUCCUUUAGAGUGAUUGCUGCUGCAUUGAACGAUUCUUUAUCUGCAACGUCACUUCGCUUCACCUUGGAGCUCUCUUGGCUGACGGUUGUCUUUGUGUCUCAGAAGUGAAAAAAGUAUCAGAAAUGUAAAAAAAUGAUGGAGGUCAUGGCAACAGCAGCCAUCUAGGAAAAAAAAGGAGUUAGGCCAGAACUGGAUUCAUGAUUUCCCCCAUGUAAACUCUUUGUUAUCUUAUAUUGUGUCUAGUUUUCUGUAGCAUCACAUGUCCACAUCCUUGAGGUGUCAGAUUGUGAAAUAGGUGUUUGGAUGUGCAGAGUCUUUGAUUGGCCAGGUACCUCAAUAAAACAUCUUUACAAAA